AUGUUGGACCUAUCAGUGGAUACACCUGAUAAGGAGAAGUACAGUGAAAUGGUGACACAGCAUUCUCCACGAAUGAGCUAUGAGAUGAGAUUUGUACCACAAGAUGGGCAAGAGGAUGUGGACAAGCCAGUGAGUUCAUGGAAGACUCUGGAGAACUAUUCCUAUGACAAAUAUCACUCCAUGACAGAGAUCUAUCAGUGGAUGCACCAGAUAGGUGAGAGGUACACAGACAUGGUGACACAGCACCUCCUAGGAAUGACCUAUGAAAGUCGACCCAUGUAUUACCUGAAGAUAAGUCAACCAUCCAGUAACCCCAAGAAGAGCAUUUGGAUGGACUGUGGAAUUCAUGCCAGGGAAUGGAUUGCUCCAGCUUUUUGUCAAUGGUUUGUGAAAGAAAUCCUACAAAAUUAUCAGGAUGACUCAAGGAUGAGCAGGCUUCUCAAGGGCCUGGACUUCUAUGUGCUUCCUGUUCUCAACAUAGACGGUUAUAUCUACUCGUGGACCACUGAUCGUCUUUGGAGGAAAUCUCGUUCACCACAUGAUAACGGAACAUGUUUUGGGUCUGAUCUCAAUAGAAAUUUCAAUGCCUCCUGGUGUAGUAUUGGUGCAUCUAAAAACUGCCAAGAUUUAACAUUCUGUGGGACAGGUCCAAUGUCUGAACCAGAGACUAAAGCUGUCGCCAGUUUUGUGGAGAGCCAGAAGGACAUUGUGUGUUUCCUGACCAUACACUCUUAUGGGCAGUACAUUCUCUUGCCGUAUGCCUAUACCACCAAUAAGCCAAACAACUAUGAAGAACUGAUUCAAGUUGGACAGAAGGCAGCAAAUGCAUUGAAAGCAAAGCAUGGAACCAAUUAUAGAGUUGGAUCAAGUGCAGAUAUUUUAUAUUCCUCAUCAGGAUCUUCAAGAGAUUGGGCCCGAGAUAUUGGGAUCCCUUUCUCAUACACAUUUGAGCUGAGGGACAAUGGCACGUAUGGGUUCGUUCUGCCAGAAACUCAGAUCCAGCCCACUUGUGAAGAGACCAUGGAGGCUGUGCUCUCAAUCCUGGAUGACAUGUAUGCAAAAUAUUGUCUCUCAAACAGUGCAGAGAAGGUAGCAUUCCUCCCUAUGCUGCUGUUCCUGCUGGUGCCCUUCCCUGCUCUUCUCUAA